AUGGACAUUAGAAAUAUUAUAGAAGAGGUGCAGGCCAUAAAGGUUUACCCGCACAUGAUGUUUAACGCUUCCAAAUUGAAAAUUCUAAGUGACUAUGUGGACAUCGCCUUUGUAAACAAUGAAUACUUUGACAAUGAAGUGAUGCUAACAUUGCUGAGACUGUUUUGUUUAUAUCCUCACUGUUUUGAUAAAAUGGUAAUUAAAAAAAUGCUGGUGUGCGUGCUAUACAAUAUAAACGAAAUAGAUAUGAACAUUUACCUGAGUUUAAUAAAUCCGAAUUUAUAUGAUGAAAAUAUAAAAAAUAUUGUGUACCUACACGAUUUAAUUAAAGAAUGUCAAUUUAUUAAAUUAUGGAAUUGUAUUAAUAAUAAUAAAGGGAUAAAUGAUGAUAAUUAUGAUUUUUCGUUUUUAAAAAAUUACAAUACUUUUAUAUACAACAUUCGAAAAUAUAUAUUAAAUUGUAUAACCCUAAGUUUUGAAACUAUAUCUUUAAAAAAUAUGGAAAAUUAUUUAAAUGUUGAAAACAUUUCAGAACUUGAAACUUUUCUAAAUGAAAACAAUUGGACGAUUAAGAAAAUUAUGCAUAAGGAUCAAGAGGUACAGGUAUGUUACAAUGGAAAUAUUGACAUCAUUCAGCAGAAGAAAACGAUUAACACAUAUUUCAAUGAGGACAAUAUAUCUUCAUAUAUCAACAAGCUAAACCAUUAA